AUGGCAGCAAUCACAGUUGACUUUCAGCUCUGCUUCAUCUUCAUCCUCCUAUGGCUCUUCUCAAUGUUCUGCCUCUCUGCUUUCUUCUUCAAGAAACCAAAAGAGCCACAGCUUCAAGACUGUGAGCUACCUCCGAGCCCACCGUCUUUUCCGGUCACUGGUCAUCUUCACCUUCUCCUCUCUGUUCCAAGUCACAAAUCCUUUCAGAAACUCUCUUCCAAGUUUGGUCCUCUCCUUCACCUCCGCGCCUUCAAUAUCCCAAUCGUUCUAGUCUCGUCGGGCUCCAUGGCCAACGAAGUUUUGAGGACUCAAGACCUGAACUUUGCUACCCGUGACCGCGAGAUUCCUAUAAUGGAAAAAUCAUUACUUUUUGGAUCAUUUGGCUUUGUCUCAGCUCCUUAUGGAAAUUACUGGAGGUUCAUGAAAAAACUAUUAGUCACAAAGCUUCUCGGGUCUCAUUCUCUCGAGCGGACACGGCUCAUCCGUGGGGAAGAACUUAAGACUUUCCGUGCUAUGUUGUUUGACAAGGCAGCAAAGAAUGUGGCUGUUGAUGUUGGUAAAGAGAUGAUGAAGCUGACGAAUAACAGCAUUUGCAGGAUGAUAAUGGGGAGGGAGUGUUCUGAGGAGAACGGUGAAGCAGAGAAAAUCAGAGGCUUGGUGACCAAAUCACUUAGUUUGGUGAGGAAGUUCCUUAUAGCUAGCACUGUUGGUCGACUUCUCAAGAAGCUCGGGAUCUCGCUCUUUGAGAAGGAAAUCAUGGAGGUCUCACAGAGGUAUGAUGAAUUGCUCGAGAAGAUUAUCAAGGAACACGAAGAGAAUCCGAACAAGAAAGAGGAUAGAGACAUGAUUGAUGUUCUGUUGGAAGUUUAUACAGACGACAGUGCUGAGUACAAGAUAACCAGGAACCAAAUCAAAGCGCUUUUUGUGGAACUUUUGCUUGCGGGCACUGAUACUUCAGCACAAACAACACAAUGGAUAAUGGCGGAACUCAUUAACCAUCGUGAGGUUCUUGCAAGAUUGAGAGAAGAGAUAGAAUCUGUUGUCGGGAAAACGAGGUUGAUUCAAGAAACAGAUCUCUCAGACCUGCCGUAUAUGCAAGCUGUGUUGAAAGAAGGGCUAAGACUACACCCACAUUCACCAAUCUUGGUGAGAAACGCAACGGAAGGAUGCAGGAUCGGAGGGUUUUACAUUCCACAGAACACUACGAUGAUCAUUAAUUCUUACGCGGUGAUGAGAGAUCCAAAUUCAUGGGAAGACCCAGACAAGUUUCAGCCUGAGAGGUUCAUGGUUUCUCCUUCAAAGGGGAAAGAAGAGAUAAGAGAGCAGUUAGCUUUGAACUACAUUCCUUUCGGGAGCGGAAGAAGAGGAUGUCCUGGAACAAACUUAGGUUACAUCUUCGUUGGAGUAGCCAUUGGAACAAUGGUACAGUGUUUCGACUGGAGUAUUAAUGGAGAUAAGGUUAACAUGGAAGAGACUGGAGAUAUGACCCUGAGCAUGGCUCAUCCACUUAAAUGCACUCCGGUUGCUCGAAUUGACCCGUUAGCUAGCUUUGAAUCUGCAGAUCUUUGGUGA